UGAGGGAAAACGCAGUUAGAAAAGAGUGAUUCUACUUUGAGAACUCAUCACCACCCCCGAGUUUUCAUAUGGAGAUAUUGAUGUUCUGUAAUGUUUUAAAAUCUGAGGAUGGCAAGAAUACCGGCCCAAGACACUGGCCUUUGUUCUGUUGGCCUCUGGAUUGCUCUGUGUGGUGUUGUGGAGAACCGGUACUCAAAGUUCUGUCCUUUAACCUUUCUCUGGAAUGCCAUUGUCUUCUGGAACAGUUAAUCCGAGAGGAAGAAGGAUAAUCCCAUGACCAGGAGGAUCUGUUUGAUACUUCGAACUUGGAAACAAAAGUCAAAAUCUAGUGAUGGACAAUCUCUCUAGUGCCACUGAAUUCUGCCUGCUAGGCUUCCCUGGAUCCCAAGAGCUACACCGCAUUCUUUUUGCCAUAUUCUUUUUCUUCUAUUCAGUGACACUGCUGGGAAACAUGAUCAUCAUCCUGAUUGUUUGUGUUGAUAAACAUCUACAGUCCCCCAUGUAUUUCUUCCUCGCCAACCUCUCUCUCCUGGAGAUUCUGGUAACAACUACAAUUGUUCCCAUGAUGCUGUGGGGACUGCUGCUCCCUGGAAUCCAGACAAUAUCUCUGACUGGAUGUGUUGUCCAGCUCUUCCUUUAUCUCUCUUUAGGCACCACUGAGUUUGUCGUGCUUGGAGCAAUGGCUGUGGACCGUUAUGUGGCAGUCUGCAACCCUUUGAGGUAUAGUGUCAUCAUGAACAGUCUUACUUGCAUCUGGGUGGUGAUUGUGUCCUGGGUGUUUGGCUUCCUUUCAGAAAUCUGGCCAGUUUAUGCCACAUUCCAAUUUACUUUCUGCAAAUCAAAUCUGUUAGAUCAUUUUUACUGUGACCGAAGUCAGUUGCUCAAACUGUCUUGUAAUGACACCUUUCUCACGGAGUUCAUUCUUUUCUUAAUGGCUGUUUUCAUUAUUAUUGGAUCCUUGAUCCCCACAAUUGUCUCCUAUACCUACAUCAUCUCCACCAUCCUCAAGAUCCCCUCAGCCUCUGGCCGCAAGAAAGCCUUCUCCACCUGUGCCUCCCACUUCACCUUUGUUGUCAUUGGCUAUGGCAGCUGCUUGUUCCUGUAUGUGAAACCCAAGCAAACACAGGCGGCUGAGUACAACAGGGUGGCUUCGUUACUGGUUUCCGUGGUAACCCCUUUCCUGAACCCCUUCAUCUUCACUCUUCGGAAUGACAAAGUCAAAGAGGCCCUUAGAGACGGAGUGAAGCGUUGCUGUCUGCUCUUCAGGGAUUAGCUCUUCUCUUUAUCACUCUUCGGUGGCAUAACCUAGAAAAUCUCAACUUCUCUCUUCCAUUAAAGUUGCUGUCCAAUCUGAAUCCUGUGCGCAAACUGCAGUCAUGCCAUGGAAGAUCUACUUCCAAACUCCCUCCAAAGGCACACCAAUCAGAUGGAUCUCUUUUUAUGCUACCGAGGACUUUGCAGACUUUGUGUCUGCCUCUUUGUACUGUUGAGCACAGGGAUGAAUGUUCUUGAAGACACUGGAGGGGCUAGGGAAAGGAAACAGUGUUUCUUAAGCAUCCAAUUUCUCAGUAUCUGGCUCUGAAGAUGUAUUUCCUAGAGGCGAGAGGAGAAGAAAGAUGGAGUGUGAGAGGUGUCAUCAGCAGAGUACAAAGAUAAGCAUGAGCACUCUGGUUCUUCAUCAACUUUGCUAAGUCAUUCUCUGUAUUUUAGUGCAAUUACUUGACAAGAUGUCCAUCUACAUUUUAAAUGUCUUUGGCUUCUCUUUUUAUUUUUAGAUCAUAUUAUGAUUGUCCUGGCUCAAUUGGUACAUAAUUACGAAUGUAGCAUUGUUUGUAUAUUGGCACAGAAACAAUAUACAAUGGCAAUGGGGCACAUGGCAAACAUUUCCUCUGAUAAAUCUUGGUAGUAUCCAGAAGGAAAUAUUUGAGUACAGGAAUGGGAAAUAUUUCUUUUCUUAAACUUCAGAGUAUUGCAUAAGCUGGCACUCUUUGAGUCAGGCAUAGAAAAAAAAAACCAAAAAUUAAAUAGUAAAUUAGAUAGUGUUGUGUGUUACAGCUACUGAAACUGCCAUUUCUGUUCAAACUUACCUCAGUCGAAGAUUUCUAACUUCCAAGUUCAGUAGUCCCUGAUACCUUCUAAAUGAUUUCUCUUUAUGAAGUAUUUAAAAGAUGAGAGGCAAUUCAAGAAAUUGGGUUUGGGGGAAGUAGUUGUGGAAUUUUGCAUAAUGUUAGAGGAAGGAGUUUAUUUAUAUGGUGGUAGUCAGUAGAUCUUACCAUCUCUGAAGUGUGUGUGUGUACGUGAGUGUGUGUGUGUGCGUGAGUGUGUGUGUGUGUGUGUGUGUGUGUGUGUGUGUGUGUGUGUGUGUGUGUGUGUGUUAGGAAGUCCUCCGACACUCACUGCUAGGCAAGCACUGGAUCACUGAGCCUCAUCUCCAGAUUGAAAAACUUCUUAACAUCCUUAUAGGAAGCGUUUGGUCUGUCAGCAACCAGUCCUUUUUUGUCUGGGAUUGUCUCUCUUUUCCCUACAUUUUGAAAAAUAAUUUUGCUGAAUAGAGCAUUAUUUUCAGUUUUAGUUUUUAUUGUGUAACAUGGGUACUAGUUGUCAUAUGAGGGUUCACUAAGCACGUUACCUGGCACAAAGACUUGAGCACCGGGAAAGACAGAAGAUCAAGCCACAGAGGAAGGAAAUGUAAUAGCUUUAUCCAGUUGGGAUGGGAGAGGCCUAGGGCUAGAACUACAAACAGAUGCUGGAUUGGGUGAUUACAGGACGUCUGGCUCCUCCCCAUUUCCCCAUCGGUCACGUUUAGAUCCGGUUCCUAGUACUUUCCCUCUAGUUCUUGCAAUGUCUUCUGGAAACAAGAAGUCACCAUGUCUGGGAGACUAAUUCUGCUUUCCUCAUCUAUCUCUGUCCCCCAGUUGGACCUUGGAUUUUAUUUUCUGUUGGUAUUUAGCACUCUACCCACUUCCUUCUGGUUGUAAUUGUUUCUAACUAGAAGUCAGUUGCUGAUCUUACAGAGUAUCAUCACCUAUGAAUUUGGUU